GGUACCGCCGUACCGGUAUCAACAGUGCACAGAAACAGUCUGGAGCUAAACCGAUUUUGGUGUCCGCUUUCCUUCUCAGAAACUUCCCCUUUUCACAUCUGUCUUUUUCAGUGGCAUCCGACGAUCACGAAUCAAAAAGCAGACCAUGGUUAACGAUACCAAGAUUCCGGUAGCAGCACAGUGGACAUUCGUCCCAAUAUUCGCCACGACCAUCUUAAUCGCGGUCCUGCUGACCAACACGCCGGUGCUCAUACAACUGCUGCUCCGACCUCAUCUCCGAACAGCAUUCAAUAUUUACCUAGUCAACCUGCUCAUCGCUAAUCUCCUUCUAGUCGUUUUUCAGAAUCCCCUGGAUAUUCUGGAAGCACUGUAUUCCGGUUGGUGGAUGGGAUGGAAAGUCUGUAAUUUAUAUAUUUAUGCCAACUAUGUACUGGGGGGUGUCAUCAUGCUCACGCACGUCCUAAUCGCCGUCAAUCGUAUCUGGGCUGUGACCUUUCCCGUUCAUUACCGCCACAAGCAUACAAAAUGCGUCGCGUUGGGCAUUUGCCUGGUUUCAUGGAUGUGGAUUCAUUUACUGAUCCUGCCCGGGAUUAUUACGGAUGCUCUGUAUUACCGCAAACCGGUGGAAUCUUUUGGCUGUCAGGUUAAUAAUGCAGCCCAAGCGGUGUGGGCGAUGACGAUGCACUGGGUUCUGUAUGUUUUACCCACCCCGUUUAUUCUGGCAUCGUUCCCUUAUGUAAUUAUCAAGCAAAUGCGACAUAAACGGUUAGUCCACUCUCGAUUACUACCGACUGAUGCUGGGGGGAACGAGAAGAGGCCAUCGCGAACUGCGACGGAGAACCGCAAUAUGCAUCACGCGGACAGUGUCAAUGCAGCUUCCACCGAAAACAAGGAACAGAAACGGUCCAAAGGAAUGCUGAUAUUUGCGCUAUUGACGGCUUCGAUUUUUUUUACAUGGACACCGGGAAGGGUUUAUUUUACCAUCAAGUUGUAUACGAGCAUCGACAACAACCUGGCAUUCCAGAUCUGUUACGUACUGUUCGCAUGCCAGUCAGCGCUGGAUCCUCUGCUGUUUAUUGUUGCGUUAAAAGACCUUCGGGGAAUGCUCACGCCCAGUUAGCGGAAAUGAUGGCUUAUAUCAUUCUAAUGUCAUUACGAUAAGUGGAAUAACGAAGCCACUUAGCAGUUCACAGCGUCCCAUAUGGUGAUACAGUUACGUACUGUUUUCGGUUUCCACCCACAACAAGAUGACGUUCCGGUUUACUCUACAGUUUUAGUAAAUUUAUGUAUUUUGCUUCGAAGUUUUAAUUACUUAAUUUUCCGUUUGUGGUCUCAGGAUAUUCGCAACGAAAUGAUAUUUCAAUACGCUCUUACCCAACAAUACCAGCCAGCUGGGGCCUGGUAUUGUUGAUAUCAGCAUGCCAUUCUGCAAAUAUUAGCAUUAGCAUAAUUCUCUUUUGUCGAAAGAAGCGGUGGUUGUUGAUAGCAUCUUCGGAACCAGAAAAUGUAAGCA